AUGAAGACCUCAUAUUUUCGUAUCAUUCUUUCUGUUCUAUUCGCGCUAUACACCAUUUUAGCAUCUAUAUCUAUGCUAGUACCGAUCUUUCGCAAAGAAAAGAAUAGCAUAACUCGAACUAUUUAUUACUCAUGCGUGAAAUCGGCAGCGAACGGGAAAGCCUAUAGUCAGCUCAUCUACGGCUUAAAUUGCGGUAGCCUGCGAUUUUUACUUAUAUUUGCUCUAUUUUCAAAUGCUGUCGGCACCGCGUCUUGUGCAAUGUCGUUUAUUCUCUCCAUCAUUCAUUACUUUGUAAUAAUUGAGGUGUCCCUCGUUUGUUUUGUAGUCUUGUUCUCCUUUGUAGCCUUCUUUAUGUUUACCAUGUGCAGUUUGUGUAUGAUAUGUUUGUACUAUGCGUCAUUUUGUCAAAGCAACAUCCUUAAAACCUAUUCCUUUAAAGAUGAUAACUAUGAAUAUGCCAGUGGAUUUUAUUUAAUGAUUCUAGUUAGUUUAGGUUCCGUGGUUGCUUUCAUUAUGGCUGCCUAUUUGGCCAGUAUUCACCCACUUAACGAGAAAAAUAACGAUGACUAUAGGCUCCAAGAAUAUGAUUGCUCUCAGGACUCACAAUAUUAUUCUGUAGGAUCUUACCGAGGGAUGGGAUCUUUUCGAAGUAUGGGAUCCUACCUAGGGAAUUACGAGGAUUCAGACGAUGAUGUGGUACGCUUUUAA